UAGGGCAUUAUCGGUCGUCUUCCUCUUUUCCAUUUUCGUUUUUUAAUUUGAACCAAAGAUUGAAAUUUCCCCAAAUCCGACGCCAAAAUUCUAACCAUGAUCAGCAUUCUCACUCAGGAGCGUCUGCUUGGUGCCGCACUCGGAUGCGCGUUGACGGGGAUCGUAGUAUUCGAGCAGCGAAAACGCAUCUAUGAAUCUAUUGCAGAUCAUCCAUCUCAACUCGCUUCCCAAUCUCAGUGUUAUCUGAAGGAAUUUACAGCAAGAGAGGAAUAUAUUUACUUGAAAGAAAUGAUGAAAGAGCCGAUAUUAGGAAAGAAAUCUCGCUCAGAGUUUGCACUUCUAUGGAACAAAGCUGUGGACCAGAUAUUUGUGCCGGUAAUUGAGUCCUUCAGUUCCCGUAGAUGGUAGAAGAUUUGGAGCCAAUUUACAGUAUCUUUUGAUGUAUACUUUCAUAUUAUUGCAUCCAUGGCUUACAAGCAGUUGUAUCUCUCUAGUUUUUUGAACAUAAAGGGGGCAUGCAUCCUGGGGCUAUCCUAUGUUGUAAGACAUAACAUAUAAUAAUGGUAAAUGCAAUUCCUGAUUUAUGGCAUUGAAAAGAUUUACCGAUC